UCGUCCCUGUCAGCUUUCAAUUCGAUUCCCCAGAGCUCACGCAAAGGAGGAACCCUCCGCCACGAAGCAAAGAUGAAGAAGACGAGCGGUGACCCCAUGCUCAUCCCGGACGACCUGCUGAUCGAGAUUCUCAAGAGACUGCCCGUCAAGUCUCUGUGCAGAUUCAGGUGCGUCUCCACCGCCUGGCGCUCCCUCGUCUCCAACCCGCGAUUCGUCGACGCGCAUUUGGCUCACUCCGUGAACCGCCCCGGGCUCCUCGUCACUCUGCCGGUCCGGCAAAUUCCCUGCCCACAAGGGCGGUGGCUCUUGUUGGCCGACCACCCUGAACCUGGAAGGGACCGACCCCAGAUCGCCAUUCCGCACUUGCUCGUCCCCGGCUCGCCCGAACGCUACGUUUCGCAGUCUCUCAACGGCCUGAUCUGCCUCGAAGUCGGGGGUCUGAUCAGUGUCUGCAAUCCCAGCACUAGAAAAGUUGUUACUUUGGGACAGGCUGGGGCAAAGAGUGGCGGGGUCUGUUCAUAUCGGAGGCAUUCGUUCGGGUUCGAUCCUGUCGGGAAGGAGCACAAGGUCUUCAAGACAUGGGUGACUAAUUCAGGCAAGCCCGACCGCGGGUUGAUCAUGGAGCAAUUUGUGCUCACUCUGGGAUCGAACGGGUGGAGGAGGAUCGAGGGUGGUCCCCCUCAUGUCAAGCAUGACCCGGAAAUUUGCUUCAAUGGGGUCAUAUAUUACAUGGCCUGGAAGAGCUUGGGUGCCUUCCCUAGGGCGGAGUACUUGGUGGCACUCGACGUCAGGACAGAGUGCUUUCGAAUGAUCGCGAGUCCUAGUGGCGGCCAAGUAGAUAUGAGCAAGAGGUGCCUCGUAGAAUUUGAGGGGUACGUCGCAUUGGUCGAUUGCAAUAAUCUUAGGUCUGAUGAUGAGGUCGCUAUAUGGAUCUUGGAGGACUUCGACAAGGAGAUCUGGAAGAAGAAAGUUGCCGUCUUGCCACCGUGUUGGAAGGAAAUUGUUGCAGACCAUGAAAUGUUCCCAGCUGGUAUCGUUCGCAGUACUGGUGAACUGUUGUUCGAACCCUGGUUCUUGUCGAAGCCUGUGUGCUUGUUUUACUACAAUCUGAAGACCAACAGUUUUAGGAUUAGCGAAAUUGGCGGAUUCCCCGAAUAUGAAUCAGGGAUGCCUCCUGAAAUGUAUGGUUUAACGUUUACUGAUCACGUGGAGAGUUUGCUGCCGCUGAUGAGUCCAUUCCAGUAAAAACAUAGCCAACCAUUUUCCUUCAGGCUGAGCUCUGAUUUGUCACUUGUUCAUCCGUUGGUUCUGCAAUUUCUCCCUUUAUACUGUCUACAUCACUAGAUUCCGUAAAUGGAAGAUGAACUCCGUAGUUUGAUGUUGACUCUCUGUUUUGAUAAACCUGCAACUGGAUGUACAUUGAGACACCAGGUGACUGAAACUUGAAUUGUUUUCCAUCUAUGAAACAGGCUGAUAACUCGCGUAAUCUCGUUGUUUUUUGCUUCAUUGAGUGGCAUAUGUAAGAGCAUAGAUUUUGUUCUCUGAAUUGGGAGCUUUCAUGUGAAAUGUACCUAUCAGCCUUGAAUAACAUGUCUAAGAGCUUCCAUCUUGCUCCC